CAAUGCCUACCAGUGAUAUCGAUGGUGAGUCUUUACCCAGUUAUGCUUCUCAAAAAGCCGUUUUGAAGUCGGAAAAGCAACGACUGACUCGGCGGCUAACCAGUCUAAAAAAGCAAGUGGUAGACUCAAAGGAGAAGGUAGAGAAACCCCUCUCCAGCGCCCUUAUUCUUGAAGGACGCAAUCAAGUGAAUGCUUCGUUGAAAGUAUUGCGUGAACAAACACAUUUGGCCAAAUCCUUCAUUGAAUUGCAAGACAUCCCAGAUGGGGAUAUUGAGACAGAGGUGGAGAGUGUCAUGCAGGCACUUGACGAUUAUGAGGCCAAGGUGGAAGAAGUCCUAAUUGAGUGCCAGGCGGCCUUAUACGCUCUUAAUUGGCACGGCCAAGAUUCUGGGUCAACCUCAGCCCAGCGAGACUUGCAGUCAUUUUUGACUAAAAAUAAUGCCAAACUUCCAGCUAUAACAUUGGAAAAAUUUUCUGGUAACAUCAUGAAGUUCCAGAAGUGGUGGGACACCUUUAAUUCCGCUGUGCACAGGAGACAAGACCUGGACGAUGCACAGAAGUUCUCUUAUCUUCUCUCCUAUCUUAGUGGCAAGGCGGCUGAUUCAAUUUCUGGUUUCAGUCAAGAUGAGAGAAAUUACAACGCAGCGGUGGAUAGGAUUCAUCAACGUUUUAACAAAAAAAGAGAAACGAUUGCUUCAAUCAUUAGGGAUAUUUUGAAGCACCCAAUGGCCACAAAAAACGUGGAGGUCAGAUCCUUGACAGACUACAUUCAGGGAAAGAAGACCGCAUUUGAAAUGGCAGGCCUUCAUUUUAAUGAGCCUACAUCGCAGCCUUUUCUACUAACUCUCGUUGAGUCAAAAUUGCCAUAUCAAUUGAGGCAAAAAUGGGAAUUCGCUGUCGCGGAGGAAGACUUGAAGCAUCCUUCCGACCCACAAGGCCCCCUUACCUUAAAGAAGGGCCUCGAUGAUCUUCUUUUGUACAUGGAGACCUAUGCUUCAUCAGUGGAGAACACUGAUCAAGGAAGAGAGGACAGGUAUGAGGUUCCUGCUCCCAAGGUGGUUCCAAAGCAACAUCCAAAACAGUUCACGAGAACUGCUUCUAGUCUCCCCGCAAAUGGACUACCAAGAGGAAAAGGGAAGAAUAGUUGUGUUUUUUGCACAAAUUCCGGACAUCAAGCAGAAGACUGCCCUGAUGUAUUGAAAAUGUCGUUGAAAGACAGAUGGAAACAAGUCCGUGGAGUGGCUUGCUACAGGUGUCUGUCGAAAGAUACCGACCACCGAGGAGACAAAUGUUCCCUUGGUGUUUGCCCAAUGUCAGGGUGCGAGAGGCAUCAUCACCCUCUUCUACACAGUUCAAGUAAACCAUCCAAUUGACUGAGCCUAGUUGUCUCAGAGUCUUCGGCAGCAUGCAUCCUGCCUUCUUUGCUCGCCGAAGCCACGCAUCCAUCGGAUAGUGAACUGGACAGCUCACUGGUGCGUGUUUUAUUGGAUACUGCCUCCACUACGUCUUACAUCACCAGGAGAAUGGCCGAUCGCCUCUGCCUCGACGGUCGUGAUUCACAGAUGAGUAUAAUGGGUAUCAACCGAAAAUCGACCACAGUCAGCGGACACUUUGUCUCUUUUUUUCUGAAUUCUGUAGUCUCUUCCUUUUCUGUUGAAAUUCAAGCCUUUACUCUUGAUCACAUCUGUGUACCCCUUGAAGGAGUUACUUUUAACCCCAAUUCUCUUCCAAAUUUUAAGGAUUUGCGCUUUGCUGACAAAUUUCCUCGCAAAGAAGCAAAUGUCGAUGUAUUGAUUGGCGCAGAUUUUGUUUGGUUAAUUCUUGGAAAUGAAACUAUACCAAGUGCAACAGGUUUUUUUGCCCAAUCCACCUCGUUAGGUUGGGUCUUGACUGGUGCUCAAAGAAACACAUCCAUUUGUUGUGUAGGAGCUACUGAAAAUGCUUUGCCAAUUAAAAAGAAAGAGUUGGUUACUUUUGAACUCCAGCAUUUUUGGGAUCUAGAGCGCCUUGGUACUUUUCAAAAACAUUUUGCUCAUUCUCAAGAUGAUGAAUAUGUACUUAAAAUGUAUAAAAAGGAUUUAAUUUUUUCCCCUGAAAAGGAAAAAUAUGUGGUAAAUAUUAUUUUCAAACCCGAUACACCACCAUUGAAAUCUAAUUUUUUGUCUGCGUUUUCCAGACUCAAGUCUUUGGAGAGACAACUCCUCCAAAGUCCUUCCCGGGCCAAGGCGUAUUGUGACGAAAUCCAGGCGUUGAUUAAUCGGGGUUUCGUGCGCGAAGUAACGGACGAAACGGAGCUUCGGUCCAAGGAUGAAACAGGUCGAUUUUAUAUGCCACACAGAGAUAUUGUUAGACCUAACGUCGAAACGACAAAAGUUAGACCAGUUUUUGACUGUUCAGCCACAAAUGUGGAUCGCAUUUCUUUAAAUGACCUUUGCUUUAAAGGACCAAAACUUCAAAACUCUUUGUUUGAUAUUUUAAUUCGUAUUCGAACUUUUCGAUAUGUAAUUAAAGGAGACAUUUCAAAAAUGUUCCAAAUGAUCGGUUUGGGAGAAGAUUCUCGCCCUUUUCACCGAUUUUUAUGGCGAUUUCUCCAGGUAGAGAAAAAACCUAGAAUUUUUGAACACACUGUGUUGGUUUUUGGCAAUAUACAGAGCCCUUUUUUGGCAAUUCAUACUACGGAUGAAAAUGCCAGGUAUCAUUCUAUUGAAUAUCCCGAGGCAGCCGAGGCCAUAAUUUCAGACAAGUAUGUAGAUGACUUGUUCACAGGUGUUAAUUCCAUUUCGGAAGGCAUUCAACUAAGAAAGGAAAUAAGCCUUGUUAUGGAUCUUGGAAACUUUCAUUUUGCAAAAUGGUUAUCAAAUUCAAAGGUAAUUUUGCAAUCCAUCCCAGAACAGGAUCGGGCGGCUAUGGCACCGCAUGUUUUUAAAAGUAAAGAGCUUACUAUGGAAGAGACAAUAAAUUCAAAAGCUCUGGGAAUCCAAUGGAAUCCCAUUCGAGAUGUUUUUUGCUUUGUAGGUCUUAGUAGUGUUUAGGUGGAAUGUUAAGCUCAUUAAAAGUGAAAAGAUCGAAAGUAUAGUCUCACUACACAACUGUACUCAGGUAUACUUGAGCCGCCAAAGCUGAAAUCAAAAUGUGAAGUAUAGUCGAAAUGUAAACAAAGUAGGUAUACUUGAAUAGCCUAAUUUGCCACCUUGAAAGGAAUUGCUCCGGAUUCAUCAUCCGCUUAAGCAUGAACCUUGUAAGUUGGCGACGCGGAAGGCGUCAAGAUCAAGAGUUUUUUGAUUUCUUGGAGUUCGUAGAUGACAUUACAAGUAUCCAUGUCGAAUUCCAGGCCUCAGUGCCAAGAAUCCGAUUGUGGGACCGACAAAAUCCUGCCAACACCAUGAGAGACGUGGACUUUGCUCGAGAUCACGGCUUGUCCAAAUUUGCUUUUUGCCGCAUUUUGGAUCUGAUUCAAGGUCAAUUGGAUUCCAAGCAGGAAACUAAAAUAACUGUUCCUGCAUCACAAAAGCUCUCAGCCUUUUUGCGAUUUCUAAGAUCAGGCAGCUUGCACAGAUGUGUUGCAGGGAACAAAGAUAUUCAAUUAUCACAAUCAAUGACUUGCCGAAUCAUCAAUAAGGUGGCAAAUGUAAUUGCAGAAAUGCAAAGCAAAUAUGUGAAAUUUCCGGAUCAAUCUGAGCAGUAUGAAAUUGCCAAUGCAUUAUCGGCCGAAUGUGGGUUUCCCCCUGUUGUAUGUGGUAUAGUUGAUGGGACCCAUAUCGAGAUACAGAAACCAAUAUCAAAAAACCCUGCCCCAGAGAGAUUUUUUAAUCGAAAGGGAUACUACUCCCUAAACAUGAUGUGUGUUGUAGACCACGUGGGUAAGAUACGACAUUUCACAUGCCGCCAUGCUGGAUCUGCCCAUGACGCCAAGAUUUUCGGAGAAUCGUCUUUGCGAGCUCAACUAUUGGCCGAUUUUGAUACCGAGAGGCCUUUGGCACUCUUGGGGGAUGAGGGAUAUGGGGCGGAAGAUGUGAUGCUUCCCCCCGUUCGAGUCCAGCAAAUGGCAUCCGCACCUCCAGCUAUGCGCCAAAAGAUCCUUGCUUACAACAAGAUUCACAAGAAGACUCGAAUCAAAGUUGAACACGCCUUUGGUGUCCUAAAAAAAAGAUUUCCAGUCCUUUUGUAUAUUAUAAGAAGCACUAAGCUUGCUAACAUUCAAGCAAUAGUAUCAUCGGCCAUUGUAAUUCACAACCUUUUGAUCGAUCUUAAAGAACACAACCUAUCCACGUUGCAGUCAGAGAGAGAUUAUCAUGAAGAGCUUUCUAGUUUCGAUCUGGACCAACAGCUCUCUAGUCAUGUUGGGGAAAAAUUUCGCUUGCGAAACACAAUUAUUAAUACCUUUUUCUAAGUCAUGUAAACCAAAGCUAGAAAAUAAAGCCCUUAUGUAAUAAA